AUGGAGGAACAAUGUAUUUAUCGUCACUGCAGUGGGUAUUGUAAUCCUUUUCGCGAAGCAUCAGUCGUAUGUCUACCCGUAAAAUUAUUGUCAAGGCAAUCACUUAUGCGCAUUAGCAGGGCAUAUUUAAUAUUUAACGUAUUUAGUGUGGUCAAUUCUUUCGUGUAUCGUGUAUCAACCUGGAACCCUGCCACUAGCAUCCUAUCGCCAUGGCGUCGCCAACAUUUUGCAUCAACUGUAGACGCUGAAAUUAAGGCGAAUGAUGAAAGAUGCAUACCACCGUUGUAUGCACGCGACAAACAUGUUUUUGACGCCUUAAAUGGCGCAGAAGGCAACGAUGUGGGCUUAGUGGCCAAUGCAGGAGAUUCCAACCAGGCGGUACUGUGCGACAGCUUGGGCGAAUCGAUAACUGGCGAAGGCGACCCGCAGGAUGGAGAUAUCAUGCAUGAAUCCGUUUAUCAUAAUAGCUCCGAUGAGUCAAUCACGUUUAAUAGGCAUCCUUACCGCCCAAAGCAGGAUGAGGUUGGGAACGGCAAGAUGUCACGCAGGUUAUGGAAGCUCUUAAUGGCUCUUCUCAUAUAUAGGUCCAAGUAUGGAGACUAUGCGGUGGACAAAUCCUUCAAGUUCAGCGAUGCCGACGAGCCCAAACUUAAAGGAUAUAACCUUGGAACUGAAUUGGACGCUCUUUUGUCAAGCAUACAACUUCGAGAGAGAGACGAGGGUCUGUACAACAAACUACUGUUAGAAUCACAACACAAAGAGCCUGUUUUUCCUGCGUGCGACACCCGCGAAGCUCCACAUUUGUUGUGGCUUAUUGGCUUUCCGACUGUUAAGUACAUUAACGAUAAUGAGGCGUUACGCCGGCAAAUGGCGGGCGCCCGUGGUAUGCGCAAAAGGAUAAGCCGCUUCGGGACGACAAAAGACAUGGGGUUAUCACGGAAGGAACUUAAAGAGGGCACAGAGGGUGAUCCAUCACGUUUAGAGCAAGUGAAGAAGGCGUUGAUAGACGAUUUCGAGCAGAGCUACCAAAAUGAAUGCGACAGGAUGUAUUUUAACAAGACGCAAGUACUACCAAGUCCUUCAAACCGUGCAAAGAUACGGCCUGCGCUGCUUAAAGGUGUAAUUAGCAAGCUUCUUGAGUUGAAGCAGACGAAGAAUCCCGCUAUAUUAUUACGUAAACCCACAAGAGACGAUAUAGAAGCAGGCCAUCAUUACGCUUUCUACCACUGGAAUUUCGAGGACGUUAUAGAGUCUAUGGUGUUGUUUAACGUAGGUGAACUUAUUAGAAAUAUAGCCUUCCUGCAGGACAUGUAUAUGGAUUACAACCGCGAGAUUCUAAUCGACAGUGUCAAGCACGGGAAACCGUUCAAGCCAAUUACGUUUAACAUUCUACGACCGGAGUGGAGAGUUCCCAAGGACUACCUUUGGCCUGAGAGGUUGUGGGGUCUUCCGCUUGGACUUUGGUUGGAAAAGUUUCGAACGGGUGACAUAGACGCCAAACAACAUUGGGUGCGCCGCGACGUGCUUGAUUAUCUGCAGUUUGAUUGGGGUGACGGUUUGAAGUAUUUAACAUUCACUUGGGACAAACUGGUGCUUGGACUGCUCUGGUACAUAAAUUUUCGUGGUUAUCCAAUUACCGACAUGGACCCUCACCUCGUAAUAUCCAACGCUGAAUUAGUCGCCAAGUGGGGAAAACCGGAAGAAAUCCAAGGUCUGAAGCUUGGAUACAUAUUUUACAGCGCUAUGGAUCAAAUUCAGGUUUUGAAAAAACACCACCCUGAACGGUACGAGUUUUUGACAGACAUGGGCAUCAGCCACGUUUGGCACGAUGACUUCGAUGUCAGUUACAGAUCGAUUCCGCAUGAAAAAUCGACGCCUAUGUCGCGUCAUAUUAAGGUGUCUAAGGAUUCCAAAUAUCUAAGGGACUAG